AUGGCUGAGCCACGGGCUGCAGCAACGGCAGUGAUGGCGGCGAUGUUGGUCAGCAGGGAGUGGGUGGAGACGGACAGCAGGAAGGUUGGUGGAAUGAAUGUGAAUGGCUUCUCGCUGAGCUGUCCACAGACAGGGGGGCGACGUGCCAAUGUGGAGAGCACCUGCCUUCGUGAGGAGCCCAACCUGUCGCUGCGAUGGACGGCCGGGCAGCAUGAGAGGCACGGGCUGCAGCGGCAGCAGUGGUGGCAGCGAGUGGAGGAAUCUGGGCUGGAGGAGGGCGUGGGAGAGAAGAGAAGAUUGCUCGCCAUGAUCUGUGAUUUGUCUGCCUGUCUCUGCCCCCUCCUCAUCCCACCUUCAUGCACCAUUCCCCACGCACCCGUUCCCCGCCUCCUCCCUCUCCCUCAUUACCCCUCCCACUGCCCCACUCGCGUGCAGUGCUGUGCGAGAGUGGUGAACGAGGAGCUGCGCACACACAUGGCGCCGGCGCUGCUCCUCCUGCCUACCACACCGCGGGCUGCCGUGCCGUGCCUCUCUGUGGCGGCGUUCCUGUGCGCCCUGGCCCCUGCUCAAGGGAAACUGCCAGCUCUGCUCCACCGCCUUGACUCUCGCACGGCCACAUGUGGGCCUGCAUCAGGCUUGCCCUGCCAUACUGUAAUCUGCCAGCUCUGCUCCACCGUUUCGAUUCUCUCUCAUCGCCUCGUCUGCUGGGGGCACAAACCAGUGAAUGUGGUGACAGUGAGUAAGCUGGUCGGGCUGGGGGAUAUCAUGGCGCCGCUGCUGUGGCUCGCGGAUGAUACUGCUGUGAGCGCUGAUUCAGACGCAGGCGGGUUGAGGCAGGCACAGGGCAUGCUUGAGGGGGAUGUGGUGGAAGAGGAGGAGGAUGGAGAGGAGGACAGGGAAGGUCGGGAGGAGGCGGCUGAGAGUCAUGGGGCUUGGGUCACUCCGGCUGAGAGCUCUAGCACUGCUUCAGACAACUACAGGCUGACUGGUGCUCUCACGGUCUCUGCUGUCGGCAAGGGCCCACCGACCGGCAGGGGCGGCAGGGUGCGAUUCCUCUGUCAGAAAGCGUAUCCGAGGAGCGUCAGCUGCAGCAGCGAGAGUGGGGUGGCAGCAUGUGGUGGCGGGUCUGGCCCCGCUAGUGCAGGUGACGCCUAG